UCUCUGCCGUCCUUGAGGCGUUUCUAGAGGGGCUGACGGGGCGCUGGGGAGCAGAGGCAGGGGAAGGAGUGGCGGUGUGAAGCGACGGGGGCAGAGCUGUCUGUGCAGUGGCAGUACGAGGAGCCUGGUGCUGAAGACAGCAGCUCAACCCAGCACUGCGCGCAGCACUGGGAGAGAUGUGAUCCUCUGCUGUUCACAUCCACCGCCGAGACAUCUCUCCCCCCUCUCCUCCCGGGGGCGGAUUGAAGAGCGAUUGUCGAGCUGCUGGAUAUUCUGCGAGGGCGAGUGCUGGCCGGAGACUUGCUGGGGUGGGGGGUGGGUGGGUGGGGAGAGGGCAAUGGACACCAGCGUGAAGAAAUUCACAGUGCGGCGCUUCUUCUCUGUCUACCUGCGCAAGAAAUCUCGAUGCAAGAGUUCCAGCUUAAGCAAAUAUGAGGAUGAACGUAUUGUGAAGGAAAUAGACAUCAGCAACCAUGUGAAAGAAGGCUUUGAAAAAGCAGAUCCCUCUCAGUUCGAAUUGCUCAAAGUCCUGGGCCAGGGAUCUUAUGGAAAAGUCUUUCUUGUCAAGAAAAUCAAGGGCUCUGAUGCUGGGCAACUCUAUGCUAUGAAGGUACUUAAAAAGGCCACUCUGAAAGUGCGUGAUCGAGUCAGAUCUAAAAUGGAGCGGGACAUCUUGGCUGAGGUCAAUCACCCUUUCAUAGUAAAGUUGCACUAUGCGUUCCAGACUGAAGGAAAAUUGUAUCUGAUUUUAGAUUUUCUAAGAGGUGGUGACCUUUUUACAAGAUUAUCCAAAGAGGUGAUGUUUACAGAAGAAGAUGUCAAAUUCUAUUUAGCUGAGCUUGCCUUGGCUCUGGAUCAUCUCCAUGGCCUUGGAAUCAUUUAUAGAGACUUAAAACCAGAAAAUGUACUUCUGGAUGAAGAUGGACACAUUAAAAUAACAGACUUUGGGCUCAGCAAGGAGGCCGUUGACCACGACAAGAGGGCCUAUUCCUUCUGUGGGACAAUAGAAUACAUGGCUCCCGAGGUAGUCAACCGACGUGGCCAUGCGCAAAGUGCAGAUUGGUGGUCCUUUGGUGUUUUAAUGUUUGAAAUGUUGACGGGCUCGUUGCCUUUCCAAGGCAAGGACAGAAAGGAAACCAUGGCAUUGAUCCUCAAAGCCAAACUGGGAAUGCCACAAUUCUUAAGCCCAGAAGCCCAAAGCCUUUUGAGAGCACUUUUCAAGCGGAAUCCUUGCAACAGACUAGGUGCCGGAUCUGAUGGAGUUGAGGAGAUAAAACGCCACAAUUACUUUGGAACUAUAGACUGGAACAAAUUAUACAGGAAGGAAAUUAAACCACCAUUUAAACCAGCUGUAGGAAGACCAGAAGAUACAUUCCACUUUGAUCCUGAAUUCACGUCAAGGACACCAACAGAUUCACCUGGUGUCCCACCAAGUGCCAAUGCACAUCAGCUUUUCAGAGGCUUCAGCUUUGUAGCCACCAACCUUGGCCAAGAGCAAACUCAGGCUAAUUCUCGACAGCUGAUUGAUCAUUCAAUGGUGCAGCAGUUACACGGGAAUAGUAUUCACUUCACUGAUGGUUAUGAGCUGAAAGAAGAUGUUGGCGUUGGAUCGUUCUCAGUAUGCAAGCGAUGUGUCCAUAAACUCACAACUGUGGAAUACGCUGUGAAGAUUAUUGAUAAAAGCAAAAGAGAUCCAUCAGAGGAAAUUGAAAUUUUACUGCGAUACGGACAGCAUCCAAAUAUUAUCACCUUGAAGGAUGUUUAUGACGAUGGAAAAUAUUUGUACCUUGUCAUGGAACUAAUGAGAGGAGGUGAACUACUUGAUCGGAUUCUACGGCAGAAAUGUUUCUCGGAGAGAGAAGCCAGCGCGGUGCUCCACACUAUUACCAAGACUGUGGAGUAUUUACAUUCCCAAGGAGUUGUUCAUCGAGACCUGAAACCAAGUAACAUUCUGUAUGUCGAUGAGUCAGGAAAUCCAGAAUCCAUCAGAAUCUGUGAUUUUGGUUUUGCAAAACAACUCCGAGCUGAGAAUGGUCUCCUAAUGACGCCGUGCUACACUGCAAAUUUUGUUGCCCCUGAGGUUCUCAAGAGGCAGGGAUAUGAUGCAGCCUGUGACAUGUGGAGUUUAGGGAUUCUGCUCUACACAAUGCUGGCAGGAUUCACACCCUUUGCAAAUGGGCCUGACGAUACUCCAGAAGAAAUCCUGGCACGCAUUGGAAGUGGGAAAUAUGCUCUGACAGGAGGAAACUGGGACACUAUUUCUGAUGCUGCUAAGGACAUGGUUUCUAAGAUGCUCCAUGUAGAUCCUCAUCAAAGGCACACAGCAGCGCAGGUCCUUCAACACCCCUGGAUUGUGAACCGGGAAUAUCUACCGCAGAAUCAGCUCAGCAGACACGAUGCCCAUUUAGCCAAGGGUGCAAUGGCUGCCACUUAUUUUGCUCUGAACAGUACACCUCAGGCACCGAGAUUAGAAGCAGUAAUGGCCUCAAACCUGGCUCAGCGAAGAGGAAUGAAAAGACUGACAUCUACAAGACUAUAACAGCUUUCAUCUGCCACUUGAAGGGAGUCUUCUUUAUGUGUAAAAAAUACUUGAACUUUUCGCGACGUGACAAAAGAGGCCUCAAAAGAUCCAAAGUAUACAGAGGUCGGGCCUCGUUUCAGGCUCUGUUGUUUCAUAUUUGCUGAACAGUCAAUGGGUCAUCCACCCAAGUUGAUGCACUGCAUCAGUUGAUGACAGGAGAUGAACAAGUCUAAAAUUAUAUUCUAAAUUAGCAAAAGUGUCUUUGCUUUUAGCCUGAUAAUGAUUGAAAAAAGACAUGCAAAUCUGUCUGUGACAGAUGGACUUAACCUCCUUCAAACCUGAAUGGAAAUGGAUAACUAUAAGAGUGCUUUGAGAAAGCACAUUACCAACCCUCUAUGCUGUUCCCACUUAAUUGUUGAAAAAUGAAUCAAAGUGGGAAAAGAUGCAGUGUGAGGCAGCCAGAUCUCUGAACAGAGCAUCUUGCUGGACGAGGCCUAUAAAAUCUGAAUUGUUUAUUUUCUUUUACCUUAUUUAUGGCAGAAAUGCACUGGGAAAGGAAACUUCUGGCAGCCGAUCAAUUAUCUUCACUGAGUUUUCAUAUUGUAUAUUUGUAAUACAUUUAAGAGUCCUGUGGUAAUGUGAAAUAGAAGAAAGCACAUGAAAAACAAUAUGGAGAGGUGAAGUCUAAUGAGCACUGUCUUUUCAGUGGUAGAUGUAUGUGGAGUGCUGUAGUGAAGCAAGCUAAGUGUGGACUAUUCAGUUCUAUUUCUGAGCGUUAGAUUUAGCAUUAACCAAUAAUACUUGUAUGUUGAAAGGAAUGGCAUGCCUUAAUGCAGCAUUAUUAGUCACAAAGUCAAUGACAUAAUAAUCCUACUAAUAAUAAUCAUAAAAGGCGAUAAGAUUUUUUUCUCUCACUGUAUUCCUAUCUGCUCGCUCUGUGCCCAAACAUGUGAACCUCCAUUGUGACCCUGCCCAUCAGCCACCUCUCUUAAGGUCAUUUCUCACAUGUGAGCUUUGGUGGCAAGGGCAAGCAGUUGGUUCAAUACCAGAUGGACCUGCGACCAAACCUGAUCCUGGCCUUAUCCAACAUGACGAUCACUGCUAUUACUCCAGACGGUC